AUGGCCGACGAUACUGAUGCAGAGGGGGGUAAGACCCCCGUAACGACCAACGCAGAUCACGAAGCAGGGACUCAAUUAGAAGAAGGUCGGCCUGCUCGCGUGGAGUAUGACAUCGAGAGAGUAGAGGCAGUUUAUAGGAAGUUAGAUCUUCGCAUCAUUCCAGCUUUCUGGAUCCUGUAUUUCCUCUGUUCCGCCAUACGCUCUAACAUCGGCUUGGCACAGACGAUGAAUUCGAAUGUCGGACAUGAUUUAAUGACGAUGCUUGGGCUUUCAUCUAACGAUGUCUCCACUGCCCUGGCUCUCUUCUAUGUAUCUUAUGUCAUUUUCGACUGCCCCUCAAAUCUUGUCAUGAGCAAGCUAAGCCCUCGAGUUUGGAUGGCUAGAAUCGUUUUUGCCGUGGGCGUAAUAGGGGCUUGUUUUACUGCCGUCCGGUCUGCUUGGAGCUUAAAACUAUUGCGAUUCCUACUUGGUAUGGUGAUUGCUGGCAUGUGGCCUGGAAUGUCCUAUUACUUGACUCUUUUUUACCCUCCUUCUCGGACUGGUAAACGAAUCGGAAUGUAUUUUACAGCUUCUCAGAUCUCGGCCGCCGUGGUGGGCUUGGUAUCGGCGGGAUUUCAACUGAUGGACGGCGUUGGUGGCCUGGUCGGUUUCCAGUGGAUGUUCCUUAUCUAUGGGCUUCUUGCUGUGCUCCUUGGUUGGACCUUACUAUGGUGGCUACCCGAACGUCCGCUACCCCCAGGACAACGAAGGGAGCGUUCUAGUUUCAUGAAAUGGCUUCCCCCGACCCCUGAAGCUCUGACGGGUGAAGAUGCUCUAGUUCACUACGAAGACCUCAAGCGAGUCUACCACUCAAGACCCUGGACUCUCAAGGAUCUAGGUUACGUCCUGAUCGACUGGAGGCUUUGGCCCCUAACUCUUAUGUAUUUCGGCGUAGUGGGAGUCGGGAUAGGCACUCAACUCUACGGAACGGUGAUCAUCCGUGGUAUCAAUCCAUCAUUCACUGGGGUACAGCUCAGUCUUCUCUUCGCCCCUAUUUGGAUCAUGGACUUUUUUGCAAUCCUUCUCGUCACUCCCAUCUCGGAUCGAUUUCACCGUCUACGUCCCUUAUUCUUCUCUUGCGCUGUGUGUAUCCAAAUUGCCGGCCUUCUCACUGUUACCUUUGCUCCUACCUCGAACCCUUGGGCAAGGUAUGGAGGUCUUCUCAUGGUGGGCUUCGGCCUUGGUCCGACGGUUCCUAUUUGUAUGACUUGGACCAAUGAGAUAUUCCAACAGCGUCACGGGGAGGUCGGUGUAGCUGCUGCAUCGGCGUUAGUCUCGGGUCUUGGAAACCUCGGUAGCAUCACGACGACAUAUGCAUAUACACAGGUUGGCCGGCAGACGCCGCUCCCGGGCCUCAUCAGUACCGCCGAAGCAACCUGCCAUAAAAUUGGUAGCAGUGGGAGCUCCACAAUUGACAGCAUGGAUGGAUUCCAAGACGGUGCGGCCCGCCGUGAGCUUCAGCAACGCGGGUUUGGUCGCAUGUGGUGGCGAAAGAGAACAUAG